UAAUAGCUCAUCACCACGAAAAGAGGAAUGUACUUUCAAAAGGAUAAUUGAGUGGAGGCUUACAUUUGGUAUUUUCAAAACAAAGAUUGUUACAUCUUUGUCCGACCUGCUGUUUUUCUUCAACCUCUAGACUGGUCCCCACGAAAUCACAUGUACCAUUAUUAAGUAUCACAUGUAACGUUUACGUAUACAAGCCGACGUCUUCCAGUACCAAUUUUGAAUCUCGAAACCAUACCCCCUUUCAAUAAAUCAAUUCAUUCAUGGAGAAAUUAGUAGAAGUAUCAGAAGCAGAAAUACGAAUAGACUUUGCAUUAGGCUGCAAAUGUCGAGCUACAGUGAACCUCACAUCACUUAUUGCAACCUCUCCAAUAGCCUUCAAAGUCCAAACUUCGUCUCCUCAUAAGUUCCUAGUCAAUCCACCCAGUGGCCUAAUUUCACCUUUAUCUUCAACAACAUUCCAAGUUAUUCUCAAGCCACAAUCCCAACUCCCUUCAACUUUCCCUCGCUCCCCUUCUGACAGAUUCCUCCUUAGAACAAUAUUAGCACCACAAGUACUCGAACCGAAUCAUUCCGAAUUCGUUAACUCCUGGUUCAGCUCAAUUGGGCACCGUUCGACGUACGACAUAAAACUCAAGGUGGUAUUCGUGGGCCCCUUUCUUCUUCGCCUUGCUGUUAGUAACGGAGAUUCUGAAUCCGUUAGAAACAUUAUCAAACGGCAGCGAUCCGUUUUCUCUGAGUUUUCAACUCGAGAAGCGGAGUCACUCCUCCGAGUUGCAAAGCAGCUGGAUAAUAGUAAAGAAAUUGUGAACAUCUUGGUUGAGGGCGGAUUAAAAGUGGACGCGUGUUCUGAAUCAAACGUCGACGUUAAAUGGGUGUCGAAGGGGUGGACGGCGUUACAUAUCGCCGUUGCAAAUGAUAGGAGAGAGGAGAUUGAGAGGCUGCUGAGAGUGAACAGACAGCAGGGGUCUUUGGAUAGCAGAGAUAAGGAGGGAAGAACGCCGUUACAUUUAGCGGCGAGUAAAGGGUUAUUGGAAAGUGCGAAGGUGUUGAUAGAUGCAGGUGCGCAAGUGGAUGGGAGGAGCAAGGAUGGUAGAACGGCUUUGUUCAGAGCAGCUGCUAAUGGUGACUGUCAGAUGGUGAAGAUGCUUGUUGAAAUGGGCGCCGACCCUACUGUUACUGAAUUGCGUCUUGGCCGUUCGGCUCUUGAUAUUGCACGAGCUAAGGGCCAUGAGGUAGUUGUUAAAAUUCUCGAAAGAGGAGAAGCGGUUCUACAUGCUGCAAGACGUGGAGACCUCCAGCUGCUCGAGAUUCUACUCGAAAAGGGAGCAAGCACCAACUUCCGCGACCAAUAUGGUCUGACAACUCUUCAUGUUGCAGCGAUUAAAGGGAACAAAGAUGCAGUAAUGAUACUCGCCGAAUUCAGAGCCGACUUAGAAUGCCAGGAUGCAGAAGGCCACACUCCCCUGCACAUGGCCGUCGAAGGUGGAUGUGCACAAACGGUAGAAGUACUGCUAAACAGAGGAGCCAAUGUGAACGUUAGGAACAAGAAGGGUGAUACUCCUCUUUCUAUAGCCAGGUUUUUGGGUUAUGAAGAUAUAACGCAGCUGCUUGUUGAUGAGGGUGCUGUGCUUUCUCUAAUUCCCUCAAAUUCCUCCUCUCCCUUAUCCUGAUUCCUGGCUAUGAUAGAUUGUACAGCUUUUACAGUUUUAUGAAUAGUACCACGCCAUUGACCAAA